AUGAUGAGAAGAUGCCUCAAUAUCUUACCGCAGAAUGUCCGAUUUAACUCAAAGCUCACAAGCGUAAAUUUACGAAGGUUAGAUUUGGCGGAUUUUAUAGGCACGCACAAUGGAGAAAUGAAUGUUCCUCCGUCGUACAGAGAUGAAGCUGGUAGUUCAAUUCCAGGGAUCAACUCUAAAGAACUCAGAUUACUUCCCAAAACUCUCCAGGGUCGGUCAUAUCAUGAUCAAUUAGAGUUGAAUCCUGAUGUAAGCAAAGCAAUCAAUAAUAAUAUUAUGGCUAUACAUAUUCCGAAUAAUCUUAGAAGGGUUGCCACAAAUUAUUACAAAGAGAUUCAGGAAUCGAACUCAUUACACCGCCCCUGUAGGACCAAAAUGGAGGUUGAUGCUCAUAUAGCGUCCAUUUUUUUACAAAAUUACGGUUCUAUUUUCCAAAGUCUGAAAGAAUUACAAAAAAGGGUAGGUCCUGAGAAUUUUAAACCUCAGAGGAUCCUUGAUGUUGGAUACGGCCCUGCGACUGGCAUAGUUGCCCUAAACGAUGUUUUGGGCCCAAAUUACAGACCUGAUGUAAAAGAUGCAGUUAUCUUAGGGAACGCGGAAAUGCAAGAAAGAGCCAAAAUUAUUUUGAGCAGGCAACUUAACGAAGUGGUCAACGCUGAAGAAGCAAAUGAGUCUACAGGGGAAGAAGUGGAAAUAAAUAGACAGAACGGGAUCAUUCAAGAAGAUGAAGUUAUUGGAGAAGUAAUGACAAGAAAAAUAAACAUUAUGACUAACUUGCGAUCUUCUAUUCCCGCAUCCAAGGAAUAUGAUCUCAUUAUUUUAACGCACCAACUUCUUCAUGACAAGAAUCAAUUUCCAAUUCAGGUAGAUGAAAACAUAGAGCACUACUUAAACAUGCUAGCGCCUGGUGGGCAUAUUGUUAUUAUUGAACGAGGAAACCCAAUGGGAUUCGAGGUUAUAGCUAGGGCAAGGCAAGUUAUGCUUAGACCUGAAAACUUCCCAGAUGAAUUCGGAAAAAUACCAAGGCCUUGGUUAAAGGGAGUAACAGUAAGAGACAAAAAAGAUGAGCAAUUAGGGAACAUCCCUACUAAUUACUUUCUGAAGGUGAUUGCACCUUGUCCACAUCAAAGAAAAUGUCCCUUACAAGUUGGAAAUCCUAACUUUUACACACAUAAAGAAGGCAAAGACUUGAAAUUUUGCAAUUUUCAAAAAAGCAUCAAGCGACCCAAAUUCAGCGUAGAAUUAAAGAGGGGUAAACUUCUGGCUACAUCGUGGGACGGUUCUCAAGGAAAUUCGUCUAGACUAAGGGGGUCAGGAAGGAGAAACGGUCGUGACUAUGAAAUUUUGAAUUAUUCUUAUUUAAUUCUUGAGAGAUCACAAAAGGACAAAAAUACGUUAAAAGAAAUCUGUAAAUUACGGGGUGAAAAUGUCAACAGCAAAUAUGAUAUUGGAUCGCUGGGUGAUGACACGCAAAAUACCUGGCCUAGAAUUAUCAAUGAUCCUGUCAAACGUAAAGGUCAUGUUAUGAUGGAUUUAUGUGCGCCAUCAGGUGAACUUGAAAAAUGGACAGUUUCUCGGUCGUUUUCCAAACAAAUAUACCAUGAUGCUAGGAAGAGUAAAAAAGGUGAUUUAUGGGCUUCAGGGGCCAAAACACAGAUUAAAGGACUGGGAGACCUGAAUGUUAAGAAAUUCCAGAAACUAGAAAAGGAAAGAAUCAAGCAAUUGAAGAAGGAAGAACGUCAAAAGGCUAGAAAGAUUAUGGAAUCUUAUAACGAAUUGGAGGACUCCCUUCAAUUUGAUGAUCACCAGUUUUCGAACUUCGAGGUGAUGAAGGAAUUGUCCACUUUCCAUGGUCACCAUUUUUCACAACAUGUAAAUAAAAAAUGA